AGUUAAAGGCACGGAGCACUAGGACAGGAGUCAGUCAUCAUCAGACAGUCAUCUAUCUAUCAUCAUCAUGUGGGGAGCUUUGAUUCUCCUGUCGGUCCUCAGCUGCCUCCUGUACUUCCUGUUCAACACCCAGAGACCAGACAAGUUCCCGCCUGGACCCAGACCCCUGCCUCUCUUUGGCAACCUGCUGGAUCUCAACCUGCUCAACCCCCUCGAUGACCUGCAGCGGUUGUCAGACCAAUAUGGUCGCAUUUUCAGUCUGUUCAUUGGAUCAAGGCCAGCUGUGGUGCUCACCGGGGCCGAGGCCAUCAAAGAGGCUCUGGUGAACAAAGGCGUAGACUUCGCCGGACGACCACAAGGCCUCAUGGUCAACCAUGCAUCCAAAGACGAAGGGGUGAUUUUGGCUGACUAUGGUCCUAGAUGGAAGGAGCACAGGCGGUUUGCACUGAUGACCCUGAGGAACUUUGGCCUGGGAAAGCAGUCCAUGGAGGAGAGGAUCUUGGGAGAAGUUUCUCAUGUCAUUGCAGAACUUGACUCUUGUGUUGGAGGAUCCAUGAGUCCCCAGACCAUGUUCCACAGUGCCUCAUCAAAUAUCAUCUGUGCUGUGCUCUUUGGAGCUCGCUUUGAGUACGAUGACGAGACCUUGAAAACCUUUAUCAAGCUCUAUACUGAGAGUGCGAAGAUUGCCAAUGGGCCAUGGGCAAUGAUCUAUGACACUUUUCCCAUGGUUCGGAGCUUACCACUACCCUUUCAAAAGGCUUUCAAUAAUGUUAACACAGCAAGGGACAUGGGCUGGAAGAUGAUCAAUCAACACAAGAAGACAAGAGUCCCAGGACAGCCAAGGGAUCUCAUCGAUUGUUACUUGGAUGAACUAGACGAGCGAGAGGAGGAGUCCACAUUUAAGGAGGACCUGCUCGUGAUGUACAUGCUGGAUCUGCACUUUGCUGGAACGGACACCACCUCCAACACCCUCCUCACCGCUUUCCUUUACCUAUCGACUCAUCCGGAGAUACAAGAGAGGUGUUAUCAAGAAAUAACCGAGGUCCUUGGUGGGAGGGACAACGCCUGCUUUGAAGACAGACACCAGAUGCCUUACAUGCAAGCCGUCAUCCACGAAUGUCAGCGCUUGGCCAACACCGUCCCUCUCAGCGUUUUCCACUGCACUACUAAAGACACAGAGUUGAGAGGUUAUCACAUCCCCAAGGGAACUUGGAUAAUUCCUAAUCUGACGUCUGCGCUGUCAGAGGAGGGAAAAUGGAAGAAUGCCCGAGGGUUCCAUCCUUGCAACUUCCUGAAUGAGCAGGGAGAAUUUGAGAAGCCUGAAGCCUUCAUGCCAUUUUCUGUUGGUCCUCGGAUGUGUCUGGGUGAGGGUCUGGCCCGCAUGGAGCUCUUCCUGAUCAUGGUCACUCUGCUGCGCCGCUUCAAGUUCGGCUGGCUAGAGGAUGCAGGAGUGCCAGACUACACUCCUAUCUAUGGGGUGACCCUGACCCCUAAACCUUACAGAAUGACCGUUAGUCUCAGGGACGCACACACACAGGCUUAACUCAUAAUUAACUGCAAUACAUGAAUAUUGCCCAGAAAUACCAGCUUUACAAGCUUAAAACACAGAAGCCUCACUGACGCGAACACACCACACACGCACACACACACACGCACACACACACACGCGCGCACACACACACCAUAAAGUAGAGGAUUGCCAAUUUAUGUUUGAUUGCUGUUGUAAGACUGAUGUGGUGUUAACCAUUAUGAAGUGUACAUAGCCUAGCACCUUAAUGACUUCUAAAGUUUUUAAGAAUUUGUUGUAAUGUAAUUAAUUUAUCUGAAGUGUUGCACUUUGACUCUUGCAGCUUUCCUACAGUACUUUAUGAUGUUCUGUUCACUGUUAAAAUGUAUUAUUAAAUAUAUCUCUGGACCCCAGCUGUUCUUUCGCAGUGGGGCUGUAAAAGUAAA